AUGUCUUCCCCUUCGCCCAGUCCGUCGCUGUACGACCCGUUGCCCCACCUCAAUGAACUCUUCCGGCUGCCGCAAAACCUCGACGAACUUCCACAAUUGCUCUCCCACACUGCCAGCUACAAACAAGACCUCACAGCCACCAUCCUAAAUGAUGUUGCCAAGUACAACCAGUGCUACGUCGACAUGAGAAACGACACUGCCCAGUUGGCAGAGGCCAUCAGCACCGUCAAAAGCAGUGCAAGCUCCACCCAGCGUUCCAUCACUGCCAUGACCAGCUCCAUCCAAUCGCUAGACAACUACAAGAAGAACUUGGUGUUGACCAUGACCAUCGUCAAGCGGCUCCAGAUGCUCCUCAGUGCCAACAGCGCCUUGACAGCAGCAAUUCCCUCGCACAACUACCACGAGAUCCUCCAGCUCCUUGGUGUAAUCAAGCAAUUGUUGGUGUACUUCAAACCGUACAGGUCGAUCGACGAAAUCAACAGCAUCAACUUGAUGAUCGUCAACACCCAAAACAAGUUGGUGGACGAUAUCUUCAACGACUUCGAAGAACCGGGGGCCCAGAAUGGCUCUAACCCUGAUCCUGAGUCCUCUGGCCCCAACUUGUUGUACGGGUGCCAGAUCCUCGAGUUGAUUGACUCCAAGUAUAAAGAUAAACUCCUUAACCUUUUCUACAAUAAUCAGCUCAAGGAUAUUAAAAUGAUCUUCAACAUCUCAGAGGAAGCAGGCUCGUUGGAAAACCUCAACAGACGGUUCAUAUACUUUAAAAACACUCUUUCGACCGUGCAGGCAAAGUAUCUCAAGGUAUUUCCAACAGACUGGAAAAUCGACCUCGAAGUCUCCAAAAUCUUUUGCAAAAUUACCAGCCAAGAUAUCAUGGACUUGUUGAGAAGAAGCAACUCCAAUUUUGAUUCCAAAAAGUUGAUGGAUAAUUUGUUUGCCACCUUGGAAUUCGAAAAGUUCUUGAACGAUCGAUUCAAAACCGACGAGUUUAACCACAUCAUAUCUUCAGCAUUCGAACCUUACUUGAAGGUGUACAUACAAGAGCAAGAGAGGGCUCUUAAUUCAAAACUCAUGGAAUCAUUGGGAGUCUCACAAUUGCCUUCUGAAUUAAUAGGAGAUAAGGAGGAAGACUUUUUGACCACGCUCAAGAUCAACAAUGUCCCCAACAUUUCUAACUCCUCUAUUGAGCUUUUCAAGUCCUUCUACAAGGUGUUGAAUCAAAUGUUGAAGUUGAGCACUGGCGAAAUAUUGAUAGAUUUGUCAAGACUCUUCAACAACACUUUGAGAGACUACCAUAAUAGGAUUCUUUUGCCAAUUGUUCCACAGAGAGAAGAGGAUUUAAGAGUUGGAGGUAUCGAGUCGUUAAAGUAUUUGACUAUGUUGCUCAACACAGGUGAUUAUGUCAUUAGCAACAUUGUGGAAUUACAGGAAAAGUUGGAGCAUCACAUCCAGCCUCAGUACAAGAGCCGUAUAUCAUUUGAGGAUACAAAGGACAUUUACUUCAAAUUAAUCAAUAAGGCCAUAACGAAUUUGUUGCUCAAGAUUUCAUUGGAUUUAAAGCCAGCAUGGAGGAUCUUCGAAAAUAUGAAUUGGUCAAACUUAACCGCUGCUGGCAAUGAAGAGGACAUAAUUGUGUCUGCCUACUUGGUCGAAAUAAGAAACACAUUGGUGCUGAACUUAAGAAUAAUAUCCCCGUUGAUUAUCAGAGAUAGUUAUAUCCGGAACUUCGACGACAAGCUAAUUGAAUUAUUGAUUAAUCUUUUUGGCAAUCAUCUUAGGUAUAUCAAGAGUUUAAAUAUUAACACUCGAGAGCAAGUGUUGAAAGAUUUGGCUAGUUUGAAAGAACUUGCAUUUGUGUUUCCCUUAUUCUCUGAUUCUCACUUCGAACCAGGAGCACUUAGAGACAGUACAGGUACUGGCAAAGAAGAAAAUGGCUCUUCCCGUAUGGCUCCUGCUUUUCAAAAAUCUUCCAAGUCCUACCAAAAUUUGGUUACUAGGGAAUUUGGCAUUCUCGAAUCUGUUAUCAAAGUAUUAACCACCCCUGCAUUGCCCAUUGAGGAUUUAAUAGAAAAAUACUUUGAGUUGAUUGGAGAUAAGUCGCUCAAAAACUUCACCAAGGUGUUGAGCUUGAAGAGCAUCGAGAAGCACGAGCAAAAGAAGUACAUUGAGAACUUCAAAUUACAAUUAACCCUUGAAAAUAGUCGUUUGAUCGAGCUGUGCACGUUGUUGGCCAAUAUUGAGAGUGAGGAAGAAGAACGAAUCCGCGUCUCCACCAGCAGCUCUAACACUCCAAAAGCAAUGACACCGGAUAUUAAAUCGCCUAAGAUUUUACCUACAACCAUUAAUAACUUUGAGAAGAACUUGAGAGAACUUGCAUUGAACAGUGAAAAUCAUGUCAGCAAACUUAACGAAAACUUCAAAAAUUUCGGUAAGCUUUUCAGAAAAGACAACGACUAG